AGAGAGAGAGAGAGAGAGAGACUAAAGGGCACAAGCGACUGUCACACACCUCUGCUGUCUCUUUCUGUGACUGUCGACUACCCACUCAGGAAGCACCUCUUGUUGCGGGAGCAGAAGAUACCUAGUGGAUAUUACCUGCUUUCUAUAGACUGACACCUGACCUCCUCCUGAUCCCCACAGCCUGCCAGCCGGCCACCAUGAGAUUCCCCAAGCUCCCCAACCCAGGUCUGGAUGACCGUAUUCCGUCCCACCAGGAGCUGGAAAGGAUGGAGAAAGAGGAGGCUGGAGACAGGCCCAAAUGGGACAACAAGACCCAGUACAUGCUGACCUGUGUGGGCUUCUGUGUGGGGCUGGGGAACGUGUGGAGGUUCCCUUACCUGUGUCAGAGCCAUGGAGGAGGAGCGUUUAUGAUCCCGUUCCUGAUCCUGCUGGUUCUGGAGGGGAUUCCACUGCUGCACCUGGAGUUUGCCAUCGGACAGCGCCUCAGGAGCGGCAGUGUCGGGGUGUGGACGGCCAUUAACCCACAUCUGACUGGUGUUGGCAUCGCUUCCUUGUUAGUCUCCUUCCUGGUGGGUAUGUACUACAACACUAUAAUCGCCUGGGUGAUGUGGUACUUCUUCAACUCCUUCCAGAACCCUCUGCCAUGGAGUCAGUGUCCUGUCAAUGCCAACCUGACAGAUUUGGUCUCAGAAUGUGCCCGGAGUUCCCCAGUGGAUUAUUUCUGGUACAGAGACACACUAAACACGUCCACAUCCAUUGGGGACUCUGGAGGACUGCAGUGGUGGAUGGUGUUGUGUCUACUGUGUGCCUGGCUGCUGUUGUACGUCUGCUGCCUUCGUGGCAUUGAGACCACUGGAAAGGCAGUGUACGUAACAUCCACUCUGCCAUACGUGGUCCUCACCAUCUUCCUGAUCAGAGGACUGACUCUCAAAGGUUCUCUGGAUGGAAUCAAGUUCCUCUUCACACCCGAUCUAAAUGAGUUGAUGAACCCGUCUACCUGGCUGGAUGCAGGUGCCCAGGUGUUCUACUCUUUCUCCUUGGCCUUUGGAGGUCUCAUCUCCUUCUCCAGCUACAACUCUGUACACAACAACUGUGAGCAGGAUGCCGUGAUCAUCUCCAUCAUCAAUGGCUUCACAUCCGUCUACGCUGCCACAGUCAUCUACUCCAUCAUAGGCUUCAGGGCCACAGAGAGGUUCGACGACUGUCUGGAAGGAAACAUCUUGGCCCUGCUGAAUGCUUUCAACCUUGCUGAGGGCAACAUCACAGAAGGCAACUAUGCAGAAUCCCUACAGAAUCUAAACGCCACCUUCCCAGAGACCAUCCAGAGUCUGGACCUCAAAACCUGCGACUUGCAAACUUUCCUCAGCCAGGGUGUGGAGGGAACUGGUCUGGCCUUUAUCGUGUUCACAGAGGCCAUCACCAAGAUGCCUUUCUCUCCUCUCUGGUCCAUCCUGUUCUUCAUCAUGCUCUUCUGUCUGGGACUGUCCACCAUGUUUGGCAGCAUAGAAGGAACGGUGGUGCCCCUUCAGGAUCUCAACAUCUUCCCUAAACGGUGGCCCAAGGAGGCGAUCACUGGUAUUGUCUGUCUGGUGUCAUUCAUCAUUGCCCUGAUAUUUGCUCAGAGUUCUGGUAACUACUGGCUGGCUCUGUUCGACAGCUUUGCCGGCUCCAUCCCUCUCCUAGUCAUCGCCUUCUGUGAGAUGAUAGCUGUGGUCUACAUCUAUGGCAUAGACAGGUUUAACAAGGACAUAGAGUUCAUGAUUGGUCACAAGCCCAACCUGUUCUGGCAGGUGACCUGGAGGUUCGUCAGCCCUUUAAUCGUUUUAGUAAUCUUCGUCUUCUACUUCGUCACCAAAGUCAGCUCCAACGUCACCUACAUCGCCUGGAAUCCAAGCUCGGACGACUUCCCCACUCUGGAGGUGUUGGAGUAUCCUGCUUGGAUUUACGUCAUCAUCUUUAUCCUGGCAGGAGUCCCCAGUCUGGUGGUGCCAGGCACGGCCAUAUUCAAACUCAUACGGAGAUGUUGCGGCAACAGAAAUGUCUACGGGGCAGAAGUCGACACGGUCUCUGCCAAAGUUCAGAUGUUUACUACGAAAACGUCGUAGAAUUACCACACAGCCAACAUCAUAUGGGACAAAGCUACACUGGAGAAUAAAACAACAGUAGAGUAAACUUCCAACAUGAUCGGUCCAGCAAAAAGAAGAAGUUUGAGGUCAAUUCCAUUUUAAUUCAGUCAAUCCGGUAAAUUUAAGAAUUGAAAACAAUUCUAUUUCAGGGCAGCUGAAUUUACCGAAUUGAAAUGGGAUCGACCUUUAACCCUUUUUUGGUUUUGACGCAAAGGAACCUUUUUAAAAGCAUCCAGGAAUAUAUCUGAAAUUGUCUGCGAUGUCUCUUGGUCAUUCCACAAAGACCACACCAGUGCAAUGACACUGUUAGUUGUAUUUAUCUAUGUGAUCACCUGUAAUUUCACUGGUAUUUCUGUUAGACGGUUUUUGAUUUGUUUUGUUUUGGGCUUCGGGUGCAACGAAACACCAACAUACCAUCAGGCUAUUGUAGAAUUGUCUUAUUUUUUAUUUCAUUCUGGAAUUACAUGUUCUUAUGAAUUCUGGUGCAGAGUGUACAGAUUAAUCAAUGUGAAUAUAAAGUGUUAUUAUAAUAGAUUAUCAAAACAUUUAGAACAAAUAUUGGCA